CCUGAAGAGAAAUUCAAAGCUUGCUAUAGUCAUAAGCUCCAUCGCCACCUUCAAAAUUUGCAUUGGAAGGUUUCUGUUGAAUUUGAAGGAUACAGAAUGUGCAUCUGUCACUUACCUUGUCGCCCAGUGAAGCCAAACCUCAUUGGAGACCAGAGCUCUACAAAGAUGGGAGCCCAUUAUCACUGCAUCAUCUGUUCUGCAACCAUUACACGAAGAACUGACAUGAUAGGGCAUAUUAAGCGCCACGUGAACAAAGGAGAAACUGAGUCCAGGUAUAUUGCAGCCCCUGCUCCUAAGUCUUCUCAUGAAGUGCUGAAAGAGGCAGACACAGAUGUACAAGUUCUUCCUAACUACUCCACACCUCAGAAAUCAGAUUCCUAUUUUAAUCCCAAAAUGAAACUCAACAGGCAACUGAUAUUCUGUGCAUUAGCUGUUUUGGCUGAAGAACGGAACCCAUUAGAAUGUCUGGAUGCAUUUGGGGCCACUGGUAUAAUGGGAUUACAGUGGGCAAAGCACCUUGGAAAUUCUGUGAAGGUUACGAUUAAUGAUUUCAAUGAAAAUUCCGUGACAAUGAUUCAGGAAAACUGCCAUUUAAACAAGAUGAAGGUGAUGAUGAACCCUAAGGAAGAGGAUGACUGUGAUGAAACUAUGGAAGAAGGAGAGGAAAAUGUAGGCAUUAUUGAUGUGACAAAAAUGGAUGCCAAUGUCAUAAUGCACUUGAGAUCCUUCGAUUUUAUACACCUGGACCCAUUUGGAACAGCUGUGAACUACCUGGAUUCUGCAUUCAGAAAUGUAAGAAAUCUUGGAAUAGUAUCAGUGACAUCCACAGACAUCAGUUCUCUGUACGCAAAAGCUCAGCAUGUGGCCCAGCGCCACUACAGCUGUAACGUUGUCAGGACGGAGUACUACAAGGAACUGGCAGCUAGAAUAGUAGUUGCUGCUGUGGCAAGAGCUGCAGCUCGAUGUAACAAAGGCAUUGAAGUUUUGCUUGCAGUAGCUCUAGAACACUUUGUCCUAGUAGUGGUGAGAGUUUUGAGGGGACCAUCUCCUGCAGAUGAUUCAGUCAAGAAAAUUCGGUAUCUUAUCCACUGCCAGUGGUGUGAGGAGAGGAUUUUUCAGGAGGGUAAUAUGGUAGAAGAAAACCCUUACCGGCAACUACCUUGUGACUGCCAUGGCAGUAUGCCUGGGAAGACAGCAGUAGAGCUUGGUCCUCUGUGGUCAGGGUCCCUCUUUAACACUGGAUUCCUCAGAAGAAUGCUGUUUGAAGCUGUUCAGCACGGCUUGGAUGAGAUUCAGCCACUUGUAAAGACAUUAAUCUGUGAAGCAGAGUGUACAACUCUAAAACAGUUUUCAAUCCAUGGUCCUGCCAGCCAGAACAAACAAGAAGAAUGUGGUGUCUUUAUUAAAACACCAGAUACUGCUGCUGACUACUAUGUAGUACAAGGUAAAAGGAAAAGUAAUGAAAUGAGUAGAAACAUAGCAAAAAGACAGAAGGCCGAAAGCAAUGCUGAGCACCCUGCAUUUUACUAUAAUAUCCAUAGACAUAGUAUCAAAGGAAUGAACAUGCCAAAGUUAAACAAGUUCUUACAGUAUCUGUCCCAAGCUGGGUAUAGAGUAAGCCGAACCCAUUUUGAUCCCAUGGGAGUUCGCACAAAUGCACCCUUGGCACAGUUUAAAUCUAUCCUUGUGAAGUACAGCACUCCCACGUACAUUGGGGGGCAGGCAGAAGGCCCUGUCCAGUCCACUGAAGAUGCCCAGGCAGGAGACAAUGUCCAAACUGCUGUAGCUGACAAGUCAGGAGCCAUGGAGUUCACAGAAGAUAAUAAAUCAAGAGACAUUCUCACGUUCACAAAAGACAGCUAUAACGAUAACUUUACUGCUGCUGAAUGCAAAUAA